AUGCAGACCUGCGGAUAUCAACGACCUUAUCCUCUCCACUUCCCGACUUCUCGUCCGAUUCCUCGCUUCUGUGUAUUCCGACCAGGCGGAAUCUUGGUGCCUCUGAUCCCGAUCGACGAGCUUCCAUCUUGGCUGGAGAUAUGCAACUGGAAUCUGGAUAUGUACAUGGGGCUGCAGCCUGUCUCGAUGACCUUCGUACCCCGCGAGGGAGAAUACGACAUUAUCUGCCAUCAUUGUUCGAGCAGCCUUGAUUCUCUCCAUCAAAGUGUUUCGGAACGGAACGAAGACUCUCCCAAGUCUGCCGGUAGCCGUGCCCAGAGCAGUCCUAAAGUUUUCACCUCUCUUGAUGCUGGCGCUCUACCUCCAAAUUUGGACUACAAGAUCGCACCAUUUCGAGCUGGAGCUCCGUCGCCAAUACUUGCUCCAAAGCCAUUCCAUGCGGCGCUCCAGAGUCCCUUUUUGGGAGGUCUUACAUUCAAUAUGCCGAACAUGCCUGCUAUGACCAUCAGCAUGGUGCCAAUGCCUGUCCUAUCACAGAUGCCGUCAAACGUCGUUGACCCAAGCCCACCUUCGUCGGAUCGCCCGUCGAAAGAGCCGCCCGUCGCUUCCACAUCGCCUCCCCAAAAGCCAAGCCUCGGUGGGUUGGAUACUGAAGACUCAGCUUCUCUUCUCAAGCUUUCGCCUCUCCCUCCUCCAGCUCUGCCCCUGGAAAGUCACGAUAGUCGUCUCACAACCCCUGCACCAAUCGGUCCAACCAAGCAUCCCAUCAGUCCAGACACGCAGUGCAAAAUCUCGCAUGCCAUUGCAGCUUCUCUCUGCUCAGUCUCCGUGGAGAACGAAAACCGCCCGCCGCAGUGUGUAUCUGAGACGGCCUGUAAGCGAAGACGAUCGAUUAGCCAAGCCUCCAACAGCAACAUUGUGUUGAACAUUGCCCCUUCACUGGGUUCCGCAUCAGUAGUGAACGGGAGGGUCGCAUCCCCCUUGCCACUCAUAGCUGCUCUUGACCAUCUCAAGGAAGUGAUCAGCUUGAAGAAUCGGUCCCGCUCCUCUUCCCGAGCCUCAUUCGCUUCAUCGCGGCCUCUCUCUCGAGCCUCGUCGAGGACCAAGAGACGGCGCGCGGCAGCAGAGAAACGCCACUCAUUCGGCAAGAGACAGCAUGAGCGAGCAAAUCGUCGUCGCGAGAGGAGAAAAGAAAAACUUGCAAGCAGGCUCGAAACACAAAGUCCAAAAGUCGAACACUGCAGGUCGGGUCAACAGGCUUCAGAUACCGGUCAGGGUCUCUUUGUUGAGCCCAAGCCAGAGCAAGUCAACGCAUACACAAAGCGACGUGGCCGACGUGAAAGGAUUGCUCAAGGACACAAAAAUAGUUCCUCGCAGAGUCGAUAUGUGCACAUGACAAUGGCUUCGAAUUCUCGUCCCAACGUCUCCUGCCAUUGA